AAUUUCUAACCCUAAUUUUCCAGAACCCCUUUUUGUCAAAAUCCUUUUUUUUUUCUCUCCUUUUCUCUCAUGGGGUUCACUUAUUAGAUCUCCCAUUUCUAGGUUUCUGAUUAUUUUCUUGUAUUUUGGUUGUAUACAAGGCAUUUGGCGGGUUUUUGCUUCGAUUUCUGUUCGAAUCGGGGCUCGUUCGUUUUAAUUUCUGUGUAAUUUUGUCUUUUUUUGUAAACCCAAUUGAAGAAAAUAGAUGCUGAUUUAUUGAAUUGAGAUUCUUGUACGAAUUUAGAUAAUCGCUUAAAUCGUGGGGAAUUAUAAGUAGAAACCGAGUCAGAGCUGGGAGUGGAAGAUGGAGGGGAAUUCCGGCGGAGGUGGAGUGGGAAUUGGGGGAACGACGGCAGGUGGCGUGGCGGCGGGAGGAGGGGCUGGUAGUGGCGGAGGGAAUGACGUGGAGUUGAUGUGCAAAACACUGCAGGUGGAACACAAGCUGUUUUACUUCGAUCUGAAGGAGAAUCCCAGAGGUCGAUAUCUGAAGAUUUCAGAGAAAACAUCGGCUACAAGGUCAACGAUCAUUGUUCCUUUCUCUGGGAUUCCAUGGUUCUUAGAUCUCUUCAAUUACUAUAUCAAUUCUGAUGAUCCGGAAGUUUUUAGCAAGGAAUUGCAGCUGGACACAAAGGCAUCUUUGUUUCUCUUCUUUCUCUUUUGCUUUUUAGUUUAUCUCUUCGUUCUUGUUGGUCAACUUUUGCCUUUUUUAUGUACUCAUUUUGCCUUUCAGGUGUUUUACUUUGACAUUGGCGAGAAUAGGAGGGGUCGUUUCUUGAAGGUAUCUGAAGCUUCAGUUAGUAGAAACCGCAGCACCAUUAUCGUUCCCGCCGGAAGCAACCGGGAUGAAGGAUGGUCUGCAUUUAGAAACAUUUUGGCAGAUAUCAAUGAAGCAUCUAGGCUUUUUAUACUGCCCAAUCAGGAAAAUUCUGAACAUUCAGAACGUCUCGCCGGACUUUCGGAUGAUGUAGGAGCAGGCUUCAUAUCAGGUCAUAGUAGUCAAUCUGGGCCAACCUCUGACUUGAAUGUAGAUAGACAAGUAGACUUGUCAGCUCAAGAUGAAAUGGGGAAUCUGGGUGUUUCAAAAGUUAUCCGAGCUGAUCAAAAGAGAUUCUUUUUUGAUCUCGGAAGUAACAACCGGGGUCAUUUCUUGAGGAUUUCCGAGGUUGCAGGGGCAGAUCGUUCUUCAAUCAUUCUCCCAUUGUCAGGUCUUAAGCAGUUCUAUGAAAUAGUAGGACAUUUUGUGGAGAUCACCAAAGACAGGAUUGAAGGAAUGACAGGUGUGAAUGUCCGAACUGUGGAUCCACCUCAGAGAUGAACGAUAUGGGUCCUGGGGGUUUGUGUUUAUUCCUUUUAGUGUUUGUGUAGAGCUGCACGCAUGCAGGUGUUCGAGUAGGGUUCAAAUUUGUGGUCAGUGUGGUUUGAUAUUUUCCUGUCUUGAUUUUCUAGUUCAAGUCUGAAUAAUCCAUCCUGCUAGAGAUUAGCAGAGGGUAUGGAAAAUGCUUGAGAAGCUUAAUUAUUCUUCCAUGAAUAACAACAGAUAAAGAGAGAGAGAGGGGGGAAAGAGAGAUGCUUGUAAUUGUCACUUUAUAAUAAUGGUGAGUUCAGGUGUGUUUUGUUCAUUUCA